AUGCCUUCGUCUUCCCGUAACGCACCCGUAACUAGCUUUCCACCUCCGACCGCGCUUCUGGCAGGUCUACCCAACAUGUCCGAUGAUCAUGCCUCUAGCCACGACGGUCCCAGCAACACCCGCCUCAACUUUACCCGCUGCGACAACACCAGAGGCAACAAUCACACGGACUCUCCCGAAACGACUAGCAACACUGUCCCCCACGAAAAAGUCACCGUCAGCAAUGACUCCACGGGCAACAUCCGCGUCACCCCGACCAACCCGCGAGACGGUCCAAGUAGCGAUGGCCCCAAUAGCGGCGUUGCCACUUCCGACUUCCCGCCCCUUCCUACCCGCCCCAAUAACCUUCUGAUGGGAGAGGUGCGCCGGCUCAAGGAGGCACUGGAGUCUGAAAGGGGCAAGGUCACUAUGCUAGAGAAGGAGCUCGCGCUGCUCGCCGCUGCUAGGCGCUGGCUCAGUCAGGCGCCUGCCGAGGUCGCCGCGCUCAUUUCCAGCAACGCCACUGAGAACGAGAAUGCCGCUUCCGCUGCUGCUGUCGCUGCCGGCGCUGUUGGUGAUCAUGGUGGCGAUGCUGUUGGCAUGGCUAGUGUAGGCGGGGCUGAUGGCAAUCAUGAAGGAUUCAGGGAGCGCACCGGCAAUCCGCGCAGCAGCUUCUUCAGCAACACCCGCAUCGGCCCUUUCUACCAUUGUCACGCCGACCAGGAUCGGGACUCGGGGGAUGCUGUCAAUGGUCGCGACUGA